AUAAAUAAUUAGUCUGCAAAAAAAAAAAAAAAAAACAGAGAGAAAACAGAGAUGGCUGAUUUCUUCCUCCAAAACUUUAAACAGUCUUUCUCAUUGGAAGACUUUGAUCCAGGCUCAGAUUUUGUUAACCAAUUUUCAGGGCUGAAUCAUAGUUUGAUUGGAUCAUUUCCCCAUGACAGCAUCUUUCCUCAGUUAUCUCCAGGCCCUGGAAACCUGGAUAAUUUCCCUGGAUUAUUUAUCCAUGAUGAUAAAAACGUUGCGGUUACUCCUUUUACCGAGCCCGUGAUCCUGAACAACAAUCAUCAAAAGAACACGAAACGGAAAGCCGAUGACACCAGCACGCCGGAAAGCAGCUCCGCUAAUAGUUCCGCUUAUUCGUCUCCUCAGGUCUCCGAUAAUGGGAUUAGAAAGCCAAAUUGUGGACGAAGAGGAAAGAAAGCGAAAGGCGGUAACGAAAAGGAAGACGAGAAGCCGAGGGAAGUGAUUCAUGUCAGAGCCAAAAGGGGCCAAGCCACUGAUAGUCAUAGCUUAGCAGAAAGAGUUAGACGAGGAAAAAUCAACGAGCGAUUACGAUGCUUGCAAGACAUUGUUCCAGGAUGCUACAAGACAAUGGGAAUGGCAGUAAUGUUCGACGAGAUCAUCAAUUAUGUGCAAUCCUUGCAAAAUCAAGUAGAGUUUCUUUCGAUGAAACUUACAGCAGCCAGCACGUAUUUCGACUUCAACUCAGACACAUACGCCAUGGAGACAAUGCAGAAAGCAAAUGCAGCUAUCCAGGGACUUUCUUCUGGUCAGAUUUCCCCAUUAAGCCUUGAUUUUGGCUGUUAUAAUCAGUUGCCACACACCAAAUGAAGAAUUCCCAUUUUGCCCCUGUCUUUUUAUUUUUCUCAAUUAAAUUUGUAUUAACUCUAGGCCACACAUAUGGCAAAUAAGGGCAGAAGUUGUAAGAAAUUUUAUACUUGUAUACUCAAAUUUGUAUCAACUGUUACAUCUUGGAAUUCAACCAAUAAUUAGCAUUUUGAGGAUUUGUUCGA